AGGACUAGGGAAGGAUUGGGAACACAAGUCCAGUUCUGGUCCUGUACACCAUCUCCUUUUCUCUACACACUGCUGAGCAGACUCUGCAGCCUCAAGGUUCCUACCCCACGACUCAGUUUUGUCAUCUUGCAGUUCUUCUGGGUCCUCCUGGUGAUCUUCAUCACUGAAAUUCUGUUGAUAUUUAUUGAAAUAAUCUUCGAAAACCAGAUGAAUACUGUCUUCCAUUCCAACAUCCAAGAGGGAAUUAGACACUAUUAUGAUGACCUGGACUUCAAGAACAUUUUGGAUUUUGUACAAGAGAAGUUCUCCUGCUGUGGAGGCGAUGAAUACAAAGACUGGAACGUCAAUCAGUACCAUUCAUGCAACAACAGUGGGCCUCUGGCGUGUGGGGUUCCAUAUACUUGCUGCAUCAGAAAGGUCCCCGGAGAAGUUGUUAACACUCUGUGUGGAUACAAGACCCUUGAAAAAGAGCGACUGGAGUUGGUAGACAUCAUCCAUGUGCGGGGCUGCAUCCAUGCAGUUGGCCUCUGGUUUAAGGACAACUUCGAAGCCACUUUUGGGAUAGUACUUUCCUUGCUGGUUCCACAGGUAAUUGGCCUGGUUAUGACUUGGUUGUAUUGGCAAAAGCUUAACGAGAUUUACUCCAAGGAAGACACAGUCGACUUCAAGAGGCUUGAGGUGAGAGACUUCAGCUUCAACGCAGUGGACCUGACUGGUGCUGGCUGGUGUUGGUGCUUGCCCAGAGAAGGUGGCUAUGUUCCCAUCAAUGUUGUGGAGGAUGAUGACGAGGAUGAUGGAGAUACUAUCUGCCAAAGUAAAGUGUGAAACCCUUGGGUGCCAAAGCUGGUCUUAGACGGGCAGAUCAGAGCACAGAAUACUUGAAGAUGAUGGACUUAGGACAAGGAAAUAGCCUCGCUCCUCACAAAAAAGUUGUGGUGUGCUCAGAAUCAGAGGAGAACUUAGUGGGGACUGGACAGUAACUUCAUGUUGAUAGACCGGAAAGAAGUGUUGCAUUGGGCAGACCCUUCCUGGCUUACACACUCUGCCUCAGCACCCUCAACUAUUUGUCAAUGUUUCCUUUUUACAAAAUAAAGUUGACUUGUUUG